AUUUUUCCUUCGUUUCGUGAUUUUUUUUAAUUUCGAAUUUACUCGGAAAAAAAAAAAUCCUCGAGAUUCAAACCUUCGACAAGGAGAGAAGCUGUUUCAGAGCAUCUCUCAUUUCGCGUUUGUCAUCUAAUUUCGUUUCCUGCAUUCUGAAGAAAUUCUGCGAAAUUUUUUGACAUCUCAAGAUCGCGAAAAUUAGGUUAGUAGAAUUUAUCUCAUGAAGCGGCGACGACGAUCGUCGGAGGGAGAUGGAAGUUAGAUCGGAGAGUACUCAGGCGCGGAGCGAUAAGCUUCCGCCUCCGGUAGUUCCGAAGCCUCGUGUACAAGUAUGGUUCGUAAGAGUCUGCUCCAGCAUUUUGGUUUGGACGUGUUUGGUUCAGCUUUUCGCCGCCGGCGAGCUUUGGCAUACCCGGAUCUUCACUGGUCUAACCAAUCAGAUUUCUAGAUUUUCAGUCCCCGUCGAGCCUGUUCCAUUGCCGCCUCCUCUUCCUCCCCCGAGAAAUUAUACAAGCAAUGGUAUUCUACUUGUAUCCUGUAAUGGCGGACUCAAUCAAAUGCGAUCCGCGAUUUGUGACAUGGUGACUGUUGCUCGGCUAUUAAACCUCACUCUCGUUGUUCCGGAGCUUGACAAAACAUCGUUCUGGGCUGAUCCAAGUGGUUUUGAGGAUAUUUUUGAUGUGAGACAUUUCAUUGAUUCAUUAAGAGAUGAAGUUCGGAUCCUGAGGAGGCUUCCAAAACGGUAUAGCAGGAAGUAUGGAUAUCAAAUGUUCGAAAUGCCUCCUGUGAGCUGGUCUGAUGAAAACUAUUACUUGAAGCAGGUGUUGCCCCUUUUCAGCAAACAUAAAGUUGUACACUUCAAUAGGACCGACACUCGCCUGGCAAAUAAUGGUCUUCCCCUCGCGCUCCAGUGGCUCAGGUGCCGGGUGAACUUCCAGGGACUAAAGUUCACUCCACAGCUUGAGGCUUUAGGAGCUAAGCUAGUCCGCAUUCUUCAACAAAGAGGGCCGUUUGUGGCUUUGCAUCUGCGAUAUGAGAUGGACAUGUUAGCUUUCUCUGGUUGCACUCAUGGUUGCAGUGAGGAAGAAGCGGAAGAGCUUAAAAAGAUGAGGUACACAUAUCCCUGGUGGAGAGAGAAGGAGAUAGUCUCAGAGGAGAGGAGGGCGCAAGGGCUGUGUCCCCUGACGCCAGAGGAGGUGGCAUUGGUUCUAAAAGCAUUGGGAUUCGAGAAAAACACACAGAUAUACAUUGCAGCUGGUGAGAUUUAUGGGAGCGAGCAUAGGCUCUCCGUUCUAAGGGAAGCAUUCCCGAGAAUUGUAAAGAAGGAAAUGCUAUUGGAGUCGGCAGAGUUGCAACAGUUUCAGAACCAUUCGUCUCAAAUGGCUGCUCUUGAUUUCAUGGUAUCUGUGGCCAGCAACACUUUUAUUCCAACGUAUGAUGGAAACAUGGCAAAAGUCGUGGAAGGUCAUCGGAGAUACCUGGGGUUUAAGAAGACAAUCCUGCUUGACCGUAAGAAGCUCGUGGAGCUACUUGACUUACACCACAACAAGACCCUCACAUGGGAUCAGUUCACAGUAGCGGUUAAGGCAGCCCAUGAGAGACGAACAGGAGCACCUACACAACGAAGAGUAAUCUCUGACAAACCUAAGGAGGAAGAUUACUUUUACGCAAACCCUCAAGAAUGUCUCUGUGAAGGUACAAAUUGCCACGAGCUGUUUGGCCAUAGGAAUUCCAAUUUAACACAUUGAGAAGUCAUGUGUUUUUAGCAUAUUAGCACUCAUUGCUUCUGCAAGAGGACGGCAAAGCAAAACACUGGGAAAGGGAGCUGCAUAGUUCCUUUCACUUGAGUUUCUCCAUUUUUGUUUGUAACUUCUUUUUUAUUUUUCAGUUUUGCUGCAAAGUUGCUGAUCUUGAUUUAUUUGUUUUUACGUAAGUUAAGAUGUAACUAAAAAGAAGAUGAUGUGUCCAUUUCAUAGAACUUCAAAAAGGCCGUUUUUGGCAAUAGCCUAACAUACACAGAUAUUGUUGCUCUC